CGGAGAGGCUCCCCCAGUACCCCGAAACCGGAAGUGCGGAGGGUUGGGCCCACGCGAUGCAGUAGCUCGUUGGUCAAGGAGAGGAUGUGAUUGUGGGAACGGUGGCUGCUUGUUUUGGGGGCGGGGAGGUUGAAGAAGGAGGAGUAUCUUGGACGUCUGCUGCGAUUGUGAUGGGAAAUGGCUUCAAGGGGAACAAUUGAGACCAGCAAGCUGAGACAGAACUUGGAAGAGCAGCUGGAUAGGCUAAUGCAGCAGCUGCAAGAUUUGGAGGAAUGCAGAGAUGAAUUGGAUGCAGAUGAGUACGAGGAGACCAAGAAGGAAACCCUGGAGCAACUGAGUGAAUUCAAUGACUCUCUCAAGAAGAUCAUGUCCGGAAAUAUGACUUUGGUGGAUGAACUUAGUGGGAUGCAGUUGGCCAUUCAAGCAGCCAUCAGUCAAGCCUUUAAAACCCCAGAAGUCAUUCGAAUGUUUGCCAAGAAGCAGCCUGGGCAGUUGCGGACAAAAUUGGCCGAGAUGGACAGAGACCUGAUAGUGGGCAAGCUGGGGCGGGACCUAUACACCCAGCAGAAACUAGAAAUCCUGACUGCUCUCCGGAAGCUUGGAGAGAAGUUGACCCCUGAUGAUGAGGCUUUCCUCUCAACUAAUGCGGGAGCUGCUCUCAGCCAGUUUGAAAGAGUCUCCAGUGACCUUGGGUCAGGAGAUAAAGUCUUCGCUCUGGCUAGUCUGGAGGUAGAAAAAUCAAAGCAGUGAAGGAUGCUUGGGAGAGCUGCUUCAGUUUCCUGUGAUCCAUUAUGUUAGAUUUUUUUUUACACUACGUUGUAUUUGUGAAUUUCUUAUAAACUUUUUGUAACACUCUUUCUCUCGACAAGAUGCAAAAAGUUUUUCAAGUGCUCUUUGCAAGCUCGGCAGCCUAGCUUUGGAGGAUGACACCUUCAAAGUGCUACAUUUUAAACAAAGGAAAAACCUCACAAUAAUUGCUUUUUCAAUGGAAGCAACUUGUUUUUGUCCCUGUCUUUGGAAAUAUGCAUUUCUCUAGUAAAACAUUUUUUUUGUGUA